UUUACUACAAUAAUAUGUAGAAUUUCCUUGUCUAAUAAAAGACGAGGAAAUUCUGCAUAUUUUUAUUUUACGUAUUCCAGAGAAACUGAGAAGUCGAAUUCCUCAUCGCAUUUUGUGGAUCCACGAGGAAAACAAUGUCCAUAUUGAAAUUUUACGAAAAUCGUGACAUAUUUGUAACUGGAGCUACGGGAUUUUUGGGAAAAAUUCUUCUAGAGAAACUGCUGAGAACUUGCAAUGCUAGAAAAAUUUACAUUUUAGUUAGAAGCAAGAAAGGAAUGUCCGUGGAUGAGAGGAAGAACGAAUUGUUUCGUUGCAAAAUUUUCGAAGAAGUUUUAUUGAAAAAUUCGGAUAUUUCGAACCAAGUGGAAUGUAUCGAAGGCAAUAUGUCUCGACAGAAUUUGGGAAUUUCCUCUACUCAUAUGAGUUUGAUAAAGAAGAAUGUUUCGGUAGUGUUUCACUUGGCCGCUUCAGUUAAAUUCAACGAACCUUUUCGAGAUUCUUUCAUGAAUAAUGUGGAAACGACGAGAAAUCUGAUCGAAGUUUGUCGCCAAAUGGAACAUUUAUUGGUAUUGGUGCACGCAUCUACAGCUUAUUCGUUCUGCAAUAGAGAGGAAGUGGAUGAGAAAAUCUAUACAAUGUCCAGAACGUAUGAAGAAUAUAAGAUUAUCGCAGAUCUACAAAUCAAUCAUUCAUUAGAGAUAACAGAUGAAAACAUUUUAGAAGGUCGACCCAACACCUAUACUUUAACAAAAGCCAUAACAGAAAUUUAUCUAAAUAAUUUCUGUAGAGAUUUGCCUAUAAUAAUUGUUAGACCUUCUAUUGUAGGAUGCACUUGGACGGAACCUAUUUGCGGAUGGAACGACAGCUUAAGCGGUCCAAAUUCUUUAAUUGCGGCUGGAGUGAAAGGACUUAUCAGCACCAUGUGGACUGAUGAAGGUAAACGCCUGGAUUUAAUUCCUGCAGACACAGCGAUUAAUUUGAUGUUAGCUGCGGCUUGGAGAAAGACAAUAAUUCCUCACCGAAGAGAAGAUGAAAUCCCAGUAUACAAUUGCACUUCAGGAUCAAUAAACCCGUUAACUUGGCGCAUGCUUUUAGAAUGUUUAACCGUGCUACGUUGGAAUUAUCCUUCGGAGAAUAUGUUUUUAUAUCCAGAAACCGUAUCUAAGAGGAAUUAUUACUGGAAUCGUGUAUGCAUUGCGAUGCAGCAUUAUUUUCCUGCAAUGUUAUACGAUACAUUUCAAGUUGCUGUCCGCAGAAAACCAAUGAUGAUGAAAAUCUACAAAAAUGUUCACAAGACGAUGGAAGUAUUAGAAUAUUUUUGUGUAAGAGAAUGGAUGUUUCGAGCCGAUAACGUGGAGAAAUUAUUUAAAUCCAUGUCGACACAAGAUAAGCAGAACUUCAAUUUCGAUAUUUCAAAGCUCAGUUGGGACAAGUACUUGGAAAAUUACGUUCUGGGCACGAGGAGAUACGUUCUGAAGGAAGACGACUCGACCAUCCCGCGAAGUCAAAAAACUUUAUUAAGGCAAGCUUACGGAUCGUUUCAAGAAAUCAGGAAAUUCAGUUAUCUGCAAAUCUGCAUCACUAAGAAGUUAAAGAUACUGAAUUUCAUGAAGAGAUUCGGAAGGAUUCCUCUCGGCAUGAGCUGUGGCGAUUUCUUUGUCAUUACCAGAAAAACUCCCUUAAAGGCGAGCGAAGCGCUACAUUCUGCAUUUUCUAUUGUUUGUGAUGUGCGAAAAUCGUCGCGUCGUUGUGGAACUUCAACACUAACGCUCUAG